AUGCCGCAGCUGCGUAGCCUGAUCGCGCUGCUCCUGACCUUCUCGGCCGUGGCCGCCGUCGCCAGCGCCGCACCGCCCGCGCCUGGCCCGCCGGAAUUCCUCGUCACCGGCGUCGUCUACUGCGACACCUGCCGCGCCGGGUUCGAGACCAACGUCUCCCACAGUCUCAAAGGCGCGACGGUGCAGAUAGAGUGCAAGCACUUCGAGUCGCAGGAGGUGCACCACAAGGCGGAGGCGACGACGGACGCGUGGGGGUGGUACAAGGUGGAGGUUGGGGAGGACCACCAGGAGGAGAUCUGCGAGGUGGCGCUGCUGCGGAGCCCCGAGGCGGACUGCGCCGAGAUCGAGCGCUCCCGCGAUCGCGCCCGGGUACCGCUCACCCGGAACAACGGUAUCAAGCAGAGCGGCAUCCGCUACGCCAACUCCAUCGCCUUCUUCCGUAAGGAGCCGCUCAAGAACUGCGGCGAGAUCCUCCGCAAAUACGACCUCUACGACGAUUCCUCCGAGAACCCCUAG